GCCCCCAGCGAGUCUCUUCCAGCCGCCGCGCCGCCCCGGCCUGGGCACCGUGGGGAAACCCAUUCGCCUCCUGGCCAACCACUUCCAGGUGCAGAUCCCGAAGAUUGAUGUGUAUCACUAUGAUGUGGAUAUCAAACCAGAGAAACGGCCCCGAAGAGUCAACAGGGAGGUGGUGGAUACCAUGGUGAGGCACUUCAAGAUGCAGAUAUUUGGGGAUCGGCAGCCCGGGUAUGAUGGGAAGAGGAACAUGUACACGGCACACCCGUUACCCAUCGGCAGGGACAGGGUGGAUAUGGAGGUGACACUUCCAGGAGAGGGGAAGGACCAGACGUUCAAGGUUUCCAUUCAGUGGGUGUCGGUCGUCAGCCUUCAGAUGCUGCUGGAAGCUCUGGCAGGACACUUGAAUGAAGUUCCUGAAGAUUCUGUACAGGCACUGGAUGUGAUCACACGGCACCUUCCCUCCAUGAGGUACACCCCUGUGGGUCGCUCCUUCUUCUCCCCCCCUGAAGGCUACUACCACCCCCUGGGAGGGGGCAGGGAGGUCUGGUUCGGGUUCCACCAGUCGGUCCGACCUGCCAUGUGGAACAUGAUGCUCAACAUCGACGUGUCAGCAACUGCUUUCUAUCGUGCCCAGCCUAUCAUUGAGUUCAUGUGUGAGGUCUUGGACAUCCAGAACAUCAGUGAGCAGAGCAAACCUCUGACAGACUCCCAGCGCGUCAAGUUUACCAAAGAAAUCAGAGGUCUCAAGGUGGAGGUUACCCACUGUGGCCAGAUGAAGAGGAAAUACCGAGUUUGCAACGUUACACGGCGACCGGCGAGUCACCAGACGUUCCCUCUGCAGCUGGAGAAUGGGCAGGCCAUGGAGUGCACGGUGGCUCAGUACUUCAAGCAGAAGUACAGCCUGCAGCUGAAAUACCCUCACCUGCCCUGCCUGCAGGUGGGGCAGGAGCAGAAGCACACGUACCUGCCCCUGGAGGUGUGUAACAUCGUGGCAGGCCAGAGAUGCAUCAAGAAGCUCACGGACAAUCAGACUUCGACCAUGAUCAAAGCGACAGCCAGGUCUGCCCCGGACAGGCAGGAGGAGAUCAGCAGACUGGUGAAGAGCAACAGCAUGGUGGGUGGCCCUGACCCGUACCUGAAGGAGUUUGGCAUUGUUGUCCAUAACGAAAUGACAGAGCUGACAGGCAGAGUGCUGCCAGCCCCAAUGCUGCAGUAUGGAGGCAGGAACAAGACUGUGGCCACACCAAACCAAGGCGUGUGGGACAUGAGGGGGAAACAGUUCUACGCCGGCAUUGAGAUUAAAGUCUGGGCUGUGGCCUGUUUUGCUCCUCAGAAACAAUGCAGGGAAGACUUGCUGAAGAGUUUCACCGACCAACUGCGCAAGAUCUCCAAGGACGCUGGGAUGCCCAUCCAGGGCCAGCCCUGCUUCUGCAAGUAUGCCCAAGGGGCAGACAGCGUGGAGCCCAUGUUCAAGCACCUGAAGCUGACCUACGUGGGGCUGCAGCUCAUCGUGGUGAUCCUGCCUGGGAAGACACCCGUGUACGCUGAAGUCAAGCGGGUUGGAGACACUCUUCUAGGCAUGGCCACACAGUGUGUGCAGGUAAAGAAUGUGGUCAAAACCUCACCACAGACACUGUCCAACCUGUGUCUGAAGAUCAACGCGAAGCUUGGAGGGAUCAACAACGUGCUGGUACCUCAUCAAAGGCCCUCGGUGUUCCAGCAGCCAGUGAUCUUCCUGGGGGCAGACGUGACCCACCCUCCAGCCGGGGACGGGAAGAAGCCGUCGAUCGCGGCCGUGGUGGGCAGCAUGGACGGGCACCCCAGCCGCUACUGCGCCACGGUGCGCGUGCAGACCUCGCGCCAGGAGACCUCCCAGGAGCUGCUCUACAGCCAGGAGGUCAUCCAGGACCUCACCAACAUGGUGAGGGAGCUCCUGAUCCAGUUCUACAAAUCCACACGCUUCAAGCCCACCAGGAUCAUCUACUACAGAGGGGGAGUGUCGGAAGGACAGAUGAAACAGGUGGCCUGGCCCGAGCUGAUCGCCAUCAGGAAGGCCUGCAUCAGUUUGGAGGAGGACUACAGACCAGGAAUAACCUACAUCGUGGUGCAGAAGAGGCACCACACCAGGCUCUUCUGUGCUGACAAAACCGAGAGGGUGGGUAAGAGCGGCAACGUACCAGCAGGGACUACUGUGGACAGCACCAUCACACAUCCCUCGGAAUUUGACUUUUACCUCUGUAGCCAUGCAGGAAUUCAGGGAACCAGCCGUCCCUCCCACUACCAGGUGUUGUGGGAUGACAACUGCUUCACGGCGGACGAGCUGCAGCUGCUGACCUACCAGCUGUGCCACACCUACGUGCGCUGCACGCGCUCCGUCUCCAUCCCCGCGCCCGCCUACUACGCUCACCUGGUGGCCUUCAGGGCCAGG